AUGCGAGUAUGCAUCGUAGGUGGUGGGGGAUUUUUAGGAUGUGAGCUGGCUGCACGUCUCCAAUCAAGUGGUGUUCAUACGGUUUUACUUGACGUCAAUUUCUCAGAACAUACGAAUAUGAAACUUAAUCAUAAACUAACAACUAUUGUUCAGGUGCGAGGUUCAGUUCUGGACGAAGAUAAAGUCUGUGAAGCAUUACGUGGCUGCGAAUCAUGUUUCCAUAUAGCUGCCUAUGGAAUGUCUGGAAUGCAAGCUGUAAGUAACAGAAACCUCUAA